CGUACGGGACUGAGAGGCAGGCAGAGAGUGUGUCGGAAUCUGGACGUUUUCGACUGAGCUUCUAAAAGCCAUCAGACGACAGCCAGACGUUUGGUUCUGGGAAAAGGAGAACGUUUCAGCGGUGGGAGAAAGGAACGGUGUCGUAUUUCGCUCUUGAAGAGAAGUUGCUGUUUCUGCAAAAGCGGAUCCAAGUAGACGGGAACAUUCUAGAAUGAUGAGGGAAGGGUGUAGACGGGACUGUCUCAGCUCCGAGCCAUGGAAUGCCCUCUCCGUCCGCCACUAGCCUGCUCUUCUCCACAGACUGAGCUCCAGACGCUAAGUUAGCGGCACGCUUCUCCCCUCGAACUUAACACAACCAGGAAGGGACGAAGUCACAGCAGAGCAGAGCUACGCUUGGUACGCACAGAGGAAAGGAUUAACAGCGCCUCUCCAAUAUACUAACAGCUAGCUCCAUUCAUCUUAGUUAGUUAGGUUUAGUUAGUUAGGGUUAGUUAGUUAGGGUUAGUUUUUCCUUUUUUUCUCUGUGGAUUUGUGAUUUUUUUUUAUCGAGAGUCAAGAUGGUGGAUUUACAAGAUUACCUGUGGAUGGUGAUCCUCGGCUUCGUCAUAGCCUUCAUCCUGGCCUUCUCUGUGGGGGCCAACGACGUGGCCAACUCGUUCGGGACGGCGGUGGGGUCGGGGGUGGUGACCCUGAGGCAGGCCUGUAUCCUGGCGUCCAUCUUUGAGACGUUGGGUUCCAUGCUGCUUGGAGCCAAGGUGGGGGAGACCAUACGGAAGGGCAUCAUAGACGUCAACCUAUACAACGAGACUGUGCCCGUACUUAUGGCAGGGGAGGUCAGCGCCAUGGUCGGUUCAGCGAUUUGGCAGCUCAUCGCCUCGUUCCUCAAACUACCCAUCUCCGGGACGCAUUGCAUCGUGGGAUCGACCAUCGGGUUCUCCAUGGUGGCCAUUGGCACCAAGGGUGUCCAGUGGAUGCAGCUGGUCAAGAUUGUUGCAUCCUGGUUCAUCUCUCCCCUGCUGUCAGGACUGAUGUCAGGGUUCCUCUUCUUCCUCAUCAGACACUUCAUCCUCAGUAAGGAUGACCCGGUCCCCAACGGCCUCCGAGCCCUGCCAGUGUUCUACGCCUCAACGAUAGGCAUCAACGCCUUCUCCAUCCUCUACACUGGCGCUCCAUUGCUAGGUCUGGAGAUGUUACCGGUGUGGGCUAUAGCUCUGAUCACGCUGGCAGGGGCUCUGAUCUGUGCUGCCGUGGUCUGGUUCGCCGUCUGCCCCUGGAUGAGACGGAAGAUAAAAAGUCGCAUAAAGAAGGAGCACGCUGCCCUGUCCCGUAUCUCAGACGAGUCGUUAGAUCAGAUCCCUGAAGAAGAGGAGGAGCUUCCCGUGUUGAAGGAGCUACCGGGCGCCAAGGGGACGGACGACGCCGUGCUGCCGUUAACCGGUGGUACCGGGGGAGAGUCACGGAGAGGAGGAGAGUCCACCGGAGAGCUCAACAGCCUGGCCAAUGGAGGCACCGUCCUGCCCAACGGACGGGUCUACGGGCGGACCCACUCCAUGACCAACGGCACCCUGUCCAUGUCCAAGUCCCCACUGUCCAAUGGCAGCUUCACCUUCGGCGGGGAACACAUGCGCAGCGACGGCCAGGUGUACCACACGGUCCACAAGGACUCCGGUCUCUACAAAGACCUGCUCCACAAGAUCCACCUGGGACGGAUGGAGGACGACCGCUCCGCCCCCACGCCAGACAACAACUACCGUCUGCUGCGCCGCAACAACAGCUACACCUGCUACACGGCUGCCAUCUGUGGCAUGCCGGUCCAGCCGCUGCUCCGCUCCGAGUCCCGGGAGGCCCGAGAGGACAGCGAGAAGCUGGUGGGUGAGGGGGAGAGGUCGGGGAGCGUGUCCUACACCAAGAAGAGGGUCCGUUACGAUAGCUACUCGUCGUACUGUAACGCCGUGGCGGAGGCCGAGAUCGAGGCGGAGGAGGGCGGCGUGGAGAUGAAGCUGGCGUCUGACCUGGGGGGGGGCGAGGAGGCAGCGGCGCCAGGGGCUCCCGUCCCGCUGGAUGACUCGGCGGAAGAGGACGAGGGGGAGAAGGACAAGCCGACCGUCUACCUGCUCUUCCACUUCCUGCAGAUCCUCACCGCGUGCUUCGGAUCCUUCGCUCACGGAGGCAACGACGUCAGUAACGCCAUCGGCCCGUUGGUGGCGCUGUGGAUGAUCUAUGAACAAGGCGGGGUGAUGCAGGACGCUGCAACCCCUAUCUGGCUGCUGUUCUACGGGGGCGUGGGAAUCUGCUGCGGCCUGUGGGUGUGGGGGCGCCGGGUGAUCCAGACUAUGGGCAAGGACCUCACUCCCAUCACCCCCUCCAGUGGAUUCACUAUAGAGCUGGCUUCAGCUCUCACUGUUGUGUUGGCUUCCAAUAUCGGAAUCCCUGUCAGUACCACACACUGCAAGGUGGGCUCCGUGGUAGCGGUUGGCUGGAUCCGCUCCAAGAAGGCGGUUGAUUGGCGGUUGUUCCGUAACAUCUUCCUGGCGUGGUUUGUCACAGUGCCGGUGGCGGGGCUGUUCAGCGCCGCGGUCAUGGCCCUGUUCGUCUACGGCAUCCUCCCUUACGUCUGAGGAAGAGAGGAGAGAGGGAGAAAAGAAGAGAGGAGAGAGGAAGGUGGAGAGGAGAGAGGGAGAGGGGAAGGUGGAGAGGAGAGGGGGAGAGAGGGGAAGGUAAAGAGGGGUAAAGAAAGAGGAGAUGCACAGAAUGGGGCUAGAGGUACAGAAUGGGGCUAGUAGGAGAAAAGAGAGGGAUGGAUGGAUAGAGGUGUUGAAUGGAUGGAGUGGUCUAGAGGAGAGAAGAGGAGGAGAGAAGAGGGUUAGAUCACAUGCUAAUGGGUUCUAGUCCUGAAGAGGGUUAGAUCACAUGCUGCGUGGGUUCUAGUCCUGAAGAGGGUUAGAUCACAUGCUGCGUGGGUUCUAGUCCUGAACAGGGUUAGAUCACAUGCUGCGUGGGUUCUAGUCCUGAACAGGGUUAGAUCACAUGCUGCGUGGGUUCUAGUCCUGAAGAGGGUUAGAUCACAUGCUGCGUGGGUUCUAGUCCUGAAGAGGGUUAGAUCACAUGCUGCGUGGGUUCUAGUCCUGAAGAGGGUUAGAUCACAUGCUGCGUGGGUUCUAGUCCUGAACAGGGUUAGAUCACAUGCUGCCUGGGUUCUAGUCCUGAACAGGGUUAGAUCACAUGCUACCUGGGUUCUGGUCCUGAACAGGGUUAGAUCACAUGCUGCGUGGGUUCUAGUCCUGAACAGGGUUAGAUCACAUGCUGCGUGGGUUCUAGUCCUGAACAGGGUUAGAUCACAUGCUGCCUGGGUUCUGGUCCUGAACAGGGUUAGAUCACAUGCUGCCUGGGUUCUGGUCCUGAACAGGGUUAGAUCACAUGCUGCGUGGGUUCUAGUCCUGAAGAGGGUUAGAUCACAUACUGCCUGGGUUCUGGUCCAGAGACUCAUUGACUUCUAUGCUGAAGGAAUCUUUUUAUUUUAAUUAUUUUGCAUAAAAAACUAAUGUGUUCAAUCUUAUAAAACAACCUGCUGUACAGACGCAUAUUACAGACAUAUUACAGACAUGUUAGGGACAGACCUGUUAGGGACAGACAGACCUGUUAGGGACAGACCUGUUACAGGACAGACAGACCUGUUACAGGACAGACAGACCUGUUAGGGACAGACCUGUUACAGGACAGACCUGUUACAGGACAGACAGACCUGUUAGGGACAGACCUGUUACAGGACAGACCUGUUACAGGACAGACAUGUUAGGGACAGACAGACCUGUUACAGGACAGACAGACCUGUUACAGGACAGACCUGUUAGGGACAGACCUGUUACAGGACAGACAGACCUGUUACAGGACAGACCUGUUAGGGACAGACCUGUUACAGGACAGACAGACCUGUUACAGGACAGACCUGUUAGGGACAGACCUGUUACAGGACAGACAGACCUGUUACAGGACAGACCUGUUAGGGACAGACCUGUUACAGGACAGACAGACCUGUUACAGGACAGACCUGUUAGGGACAGACCUGUUACAGGACAGACAGACCUGUUACAGGACAGACCUGUUAGGGACAGACCUGUUACAGGACAGACAGACCUGUUAGGGACAGACCUGUUACAGGACAGACAGACCUGUUAGGGACAGACCUGUUACAGGACAGACCUGUUACAGGACAGACAGACCUGUUAGGGACAGACCUGUUAGGGACAGACCUGUUACAGGACAGACCUGUUACAGGACAGACAGACCUGUUAGGGACAGACCUGUUACAGGACAGACCUGUUAGGGACAGACCUGUUACAGGACAGACCUGUUACAGGACAGACAUAAGUUAAGACACUAGGACUGUAGUGUUAUACAGGCACUAAUAUGAAAAGACAAAAUGCAGUCAACACAAUGUUUUGGUCGUCACUAGUUGCCACAGUCAUAUAUAUAUAUAGAUAGAUAGAUAUAAGAUAUAAUUCUAUAUUUCAUUGCGUUAAUAGCGGCUGCCUGCACUAGGAGACAGCGGCGUAGUCGUUGCAGUAGCUAUCCUUAAUUGCCCAAAAGAAAAAUUGUACAUAUUGUAAUAUUGGAUUAUUUGAGUGCAAUUAGUUGUACUGCAGCUUUGCUUUAAAACAAAAGAUGUGUGUUGUUCAGUCAAACCACUCUGACCCUUCAUAGCCUACCAUUACCGCCCUUACAGGCUAGACAGGAAGGAAGUUACUGCCCUUACAUACUAGACAGGAAGGAAGUUACUGCCCUUACAUACUAGACAGGAAGGAAGGUCGGAACAGAUGGGGUCUUAUUGCCACAGCGACCAUAUAACCAUCCCAGGGUGGCGGGAUAUAUAUAUAUAUAUAUAUAUAUAUAUAUAUAUAUAUUUUAUU